AACAAAAAAAUAUACUGGACAUAACUUCCUGUUGGGUGGCGUUGCACAUGCAUAGGUAAACAACAUAUGGGUGUAAUUUAUAAAUAUAAACACGUAUAUAAACAAAUUUGGUUAAUUAAAAUCUCAAGAACGCACAACGAACAGAGUUGGAGUAUCCCUCAAAGAACAGCCAUUGAAAAAAUAGAAAAAAAAAAGGACACACCACUUGGAAAUCCACUCAGAAAAAAAGUAUUGUUGUGAUAAUAAUACCAGUAAUAAUAACAAUAUUUGGUUAUUUAAAUCUAAAACAUAACCUCUGUGUUGUUAAGUGUCAUACGUUGCAGAAUAAACAGUAUUAAUUCAAGAUGAUGCCUGGACGACUCCCAGUUUCAGAUAAUCCGCUGGGUUUGUCAUGGCACGACAGUGCAUGGAUACCCGUUUUAAAUCCAACAAAUAUAAUGGAUUACUUUUCAGAACGUAGUAAUCCAUUUUACGAUCGUACUUGUAAUAAUGAGAUCGUUAAAAUGCAACGGCUUAAUCCUGAACAACUUCAAAAUAUGACAGGAGUUGAAUACAUUUUACUUCAUGUACAAGAUCCGAUUUUAUAUGUAAUCCGUAAACAGCAUCGUUACUCACCAUCCCAAGUAACUCCUCUAGCAGACUACUAUAUAAUUGCUGGCACAGUAUAUCAAGCUCCAGAUUUAGCUUCUGUCAUCAAUUCUCGUUUACUAUCCACGAUUCAUCAUUUGCAAUCGGCGUUUGAAGAAGCCAGUUCUUAUUCAAAGUAUCAUCCUAGCAAAGGAUACUCCUGGGACUUUAAAAAUGGUAAACCUUUGUCAGCUAAGAAAGAAGCUCCUCUGCGAGAAGAACCCAGUUCGUUGUUCCAACGGCAAAGGGUCGAUAUGCUUCUUGCUGAAAUAACACGAAAAUUUCCACCACCUGUUCCUAAACCUGUACAAGCUCCCGCAGAACAACCCACUGUUGAAAUAAAACAAGAAAUUUUAACUUUAAAAGAAAUAAAGACUGAGAAGAGAGAUAUGAAACCACCGCCAGAAAGAAAACCACGAGUUAAUUAAUUAUUUUAAUAUUUUUAUCAAAUUAUAUUAAGUAUAUAUAUUUAAUAAAUUAAAAAAAAAAA